AUGGCCUCCAGCGUUGAGACCGCCGUGUCGACGAGCACCGACAUACCCAUCGCGCGCCCGGAGAAGCAGUACACUGCUCCUGCCACGCCCCCGCCCGACCCAAGCCCGCCCCCUGCUGCCAAUGGCGCCGCGAAGGGCUCCAGCUCCGGCUCUGGCGCGAAGUCAGUUGGGAAAUACAGACACGUUGUUGCCGUCCACCACCAGACGCGCCCAUCGUGCCUGAGCCAAGAUGCGGAGAAGCCGCCGAGCUUCGUGGGCUUCAGGAACCUCAUGAUCCUGGUGCUGAUCGUCUCGAACCUGCGUCUGAUGAUUGAGAACUUCCGGAAGUACGGAGUCCUGAUAUGCAUCCGCUGCCACGACUAUCGCCGCCAGGACGUCGUCUACGGCUCCAUCCUCUACUUCCUGGUCCCAUGCCAUCUCUUCGUCGCAUACGUCAUCGAGCUUGCCGCAGCUCAACAGGCCAAGGGUGCCGUCGCACGGAUCAAGAAAGCCGAGUCGCCGGCAGACGUGCAGGCGAGACGCGACGAGUUCCGCGGCACGUGGGGCCUCAUUGCCUUUGCUCACGGCGUUAAUGCUACUCUGAAUCUCCUGGUGGCCUCGACCGUCGUCUAUUACUGGAUCCAUCACCCCGGCAUCGGCACCCUCUGUGAGCUGCACGCCAUUAUUGUCUGGCUGAAAACGUGCUCCUAUGCCUUUACCAACCGUGAUCUCCGCCAUGCCCUGCUCGACGACUUCGGUGCUGCUCCGCUUCCGGAUAUCUACAGGGACUGCCCGUACCCGAAGAACAUUUCACUCAAAAAUUUGACGUAUUUCUGGUGGGCUCCUACGCUGGUCUAUCAGCCCAUCUACCCCCGCACUGAUAAGAUCCGCUGGCCUUUUGUCUUCAAACGCUGCGGCGAAAUGCUCGGUCUCGGCAUCGUCAUCUGGAUUGCUUCCGCUCAGUACGCCUCGCCGUUGUUGAAGAACUCGCUGGACAAGAUCGCGACGCUUGACUUCGUCUCCAUUGUCGAGCGCAUGUUGAAACUCUCCACCAUUUCCCUCUUUUGCUGGCUGGCCGGCUUUAUGGCUUUCUUCCACUCCUUCUUGAAUGCCCUUGCUGAAGUCAUGCGCUUCGGAGACCGCGAGUUCUACACCGAAUGGUGGAACGCCCCAAGCAUCCGUAUCUACUGGGUUACAUGGAACAAGCCUGUCGCUAGCUUUAUGCGCAGGCACAUUUACAGCCCUUUGUGCGGACGCGGCAUUCCCCCUGUCAUUGCGCAGAUCUUGGUUUUCUUGUUCUCUGGUGCCCUGCAUGAGCUCGCCGUCGGCGUGCCAACCCAUAACAUCAUUGGUGUCGCAUUUGCUGGAAUGAUCUUCCAAAUACCCCUCAUCCUGAUCACAGACCCAAUCAAUCGCAUGAAGGGUCUGCAGAGCAAGGUGAUUGGCAACAUGAUCUUUUGGAUUAGUUUCUGUCUUGUCGGACAGCCUCUCGCCGCUCUGCUGUACUUUUUCGCCUGGCAAGCCAAGUAUGGCACUGUAAGCAAGCCACAGCUGUGGAGCUAG